AUGUCUAAAUCGGUUGCUAGACUGAAAUCCAUGAAAAAAGUAGCUGAUAAAGUAGACCACUCCUCCAAACUGCGAACGAAUAUUCCAGCAGGUAUGGCCGCUGCUGGACCUCCUUUAGGACCUAUGCUUGGUCAGCGAAAUAUAAAUAUAGCAGCAUUCUGUAAAGAUUUUAAUGAGCGUACUGCGAAUAUCAAACAAGGCAUACCGCUGCCUACUAGAGUUAAAGUUAACUCUGAUCGGUCUUAUUUAAUGACAGUUCAUCAACCCCCAGCUUCGUAUUUUUUAAAACAAGCUGCUGGCGUGAACAGAGGUGCAAUGUUUCCUGUAAAGGAGACAUGUGGCAAAAUUACUCUGAAACACAUUUAUGAGAUUGCUAAAAUUAAGUCUCAGGACCCACCGCUUGAAUGGAGACCUUUAAAAGAAAUCUGCACGAUGUUGAUAGCUACUGCUCGGACAUGUGGCAUUGAAGUUGUAAGAGAACUUAAUGCUAAGGAAUAUGGUGAGUUCUUAGAAGAAAGGAAACAAGUAGUAGAAGAACAGAAGAAAAUGCUGCAAGAAAAGCGCGAGGCCAAAAUGUUGAGAACAGCA